GGAUCUUGAAUUUAGCUUCUGAUGGAUGGAAUAAAUUUUAAUAUAAUUUUAUGUUACAAGAAAUUUUUUUUCAAGAAAAAAAAAUAAAAAAAAUUAUUUUUCUGCGAUGGUGCCUCUUACUCCAAAAAUAGAGACCUCAGGGCGCAGAUUCCCGCUACUUCCACCGUUAUAUAUAGUGAGUCAAAUCAAUGACACUCGAGAGACGCGCAGUAACCAUCAGGACGCUGCUUCGGUUUGACGCUGAAAAUGGUGAACUACAUGCUGAAGAUCGCCGCGGAGCUCGAGAAUCUGACCAACCUUCAGCCUCAAGAUGGCUGCGAUGAUCCCAACUUCGCCUACUACUUCAAGGUGAAAUGCGGUAACUGUGGGGAGGUGAGCCAGAAAGAAACCUGUGUGAGCUUGGCCGAAACAGUUCCUCAGCCUAAAAGCAAAGGAACCGUACAUCUGGUUCAGAAGUGUAAGUUUUGUGGCAGGGAUGGCACCAUCUUGAUGAUCUCUGGCCGAGGUCGUCCAUUGACCUAUGAAGUUAGCCAGUCAGGGGGGGAAGCCCCCUUGAUGUUGUUUGACUGCAGAGGUUUUGAGCCGAUGGGUUUUAUAUUUGAUGGUGGAUGGAAAGUUGAAUCUUUGGAAGGGACUAAAUUUGAUGGUGUUGACUUGUCGGGAGGGGAAUAUGCAGAAUAUGAUGAGAAGGGAAAUUGCCCAGUUAUGAUAUCCAACCUUCGUGCGACUUUUCAUGUGGAUAGGUAGCUUUAUGCAACGGGAGCGUGUUCAUCACUGGUGUAUAAAGGGGGUGUGCACAAAACUGCAUUGUGUAGUGGGUGCGAAAAAUCUAACAUCAUGUUGAUAUCUUUGAAGAACUAAGUUUCAUGGAUAUAUAACUAGCAGCUCUGAGCUGAUUAAUGGAAACGCGCUAAUCGCUUUGAAUUGUUGUAAGUAGUGUGACUAGUGUCAUAGGUAUAUAUGCUGAAACAGAUGAAGACUGAUGAAUUUGUUCGAAAAAUUUGGUGAAUGGCUAUAAAAUUUGAGAAUGACCCUUUUCACGUCA